GGGUGGCGCGGUCGGAGCGCUCCCGCAGCACUCGCCAUUGGCGCACAGCAGCCCCAGCUUGGGCUCAGAAGCGGCGGGGCCCUGCGACCCCGAUGGCCUCGCGCCGCUGCCUCUGCCUGUCGCUGCUGCUGCUGUCGGUGCUCUCCGCAAUCGGCGUCCUCCUCUCCCUGGGCGACCUCGACACCGCGCUGGCUGGUGGCGGCGGCGGCGGCGGCGAGCGUGACACUGCGGCGGGCGGGCAACGUGCCGCUGGGGGCGGCAGCGGCGGCGAGCCAAACGCUGCUGCGAGCGGGCAGCCUGCCGCUGGGGGCGGUGGUGGUUCAGCCAGGCCAGCGGAGAAUAUCCAUCUCGUCUACCAGCUGUCCUGUGGGGCCUUCUCGCUGCAUCAGGCCAUCGCGUUCGACUGGAGCUGGCGCGAGAUCGGCCAGCCUGGGCGCCUGACCCGGCUCGUCUGCGGGUGCACGUCCGUGCGGGACCAGGAGAGGCUUUCGACCUCGCCGCUCGAGGGCGACCCGCGCUUCGCUGUGCUCUUCUCGGAGGAGUGGAACGACUACGUCCCCACGGUGUACCCGCAGGCCCGCGGGGACAACUACAAGAUCUACAACAAAGUCUGGGCGUUCAGGGACUGGCUGGAGAGAGCUUGGCCGCAGGAGGACUACAUCGCCUUCCUCGACCCCGACAUGGUGUUCACGCGCCCCCUGCUGCACCACCUGCCAGCAGGGGAAGGAGAUGGCGCUCUGCCCCGGGCCAUGCCCGGCCGCCCCGUCGGCCAGUGGUACCAUUACAUAAGGCCCUACUGUCCCACUCCGUGUGCCGGAGGGGACCCCGGCUGGGCCGAGUUCUCCAUCCCGGAGGUGUGCGGCGACCUGUGCCCGCAGGUGCCGCAGGAUGUCGGCGGCUUCGCCGUGGGGCCGCCGAUGAUCCUGCACAGGGAGGACUGGAGGCGCCUGGUGCCGCUCUGGUGUAACUACACGGUGGAGAUCCGCGCGCGGGCCGUCCAGAAGAGCGACGGGAACGCCUGGCUGGGUGGCAAGGGUGCCAAGACUGGCGGACAUCGCGGAGAUGCUGGCGUACGCCCUCGCCGCCGCCGUGCUGCGCAUGCCCCACGCGGAGGUGCGCGUGGUCACCGACUCCGUGGACCCGAACAACUACCCCUGCGCCGCCGAGGCCCUGGGCGGGCGCCUCCGCGGGCACGAGGAGGCGGGCCGCUCCUGCGACGAGCGGCCGGCCCUGCUCCACUACUGCUACGCGCAGAACGUGGAGACCCCGUUCGGGCACUGGAUCUGGAACAAGUACCGCAUCACGGGGCCCAAACAGAUGCGCCACCACCACCACCACCUCCCUCGCACCCUCCCUCGCCCGG